AUGAGACUCGGUGUUGUGUUUGUGAUCUCCCAAGUCCUAGCAGACUUCACGUAUCUGGGAUGCUACUCGUCGGACGCCGUUUCCGGCCUGACCAAGAAGGACUCGUACACAUGGCAGAGCUCCAGUCAUUGCACGGACCAGUGUUCCGGACACGCAGUUGCUGCAUUGAUCAAUGGCCAGGACUGCUACUGCGGAGACGAGGUGCCUUCGGACGACGCCGACGGCUCGUGCACAAAGUCCUGCACGGGCUAUCCGAUGGAGAUGUGCGGAGGCACCGAUUCGUACUCGGUGUAUGUUGACGAGUCACAGGAGGACGACGACAGCGACGACAGCGACGACAGCUCCUCGACGCGGUCGACGCAGUCUUCCACGAGCGAGGCCACGACCAGCUCCAGCACCAGCUCCAGCUCCUCGAGCUCCUCGGCGACCAGCUCCUCCACGUCGUCUUCCUCCACCCAAACGUCCUCCACACAGAGCUCCACCCUUUCUUCCUCAAGCUCUACCCCAACGUCUUCCUCAACUUCGUCCACAAGCUCGUCCACAACGAGCUCAGCUUCCUCCUCCUCCACCUCCCCCACCUCCACGUCGUCCUCCACCUCCUCCACCUCCUCCUCCUCAUCGUCCGAAACCGUCCGGAUAACAACCUCCGUCUCGCCAGGAAACACGCAGACCUCCAUCAUCUACAUCACGGAGUCGGUCGCCACCAGCACCUCUGCGUCGGCCGCCGCGUCGUCGUCGAGCGUCUCGAGCGCCCAAAACAGGUCCACCGGGCUCAGCAAGGGCGCCAAGGCGGGAAUUGCGGUCGGGUCGAUCGUCGGGGCUCUGCUGCUCUUGGGACUCCUGCUCCUGCUGCUGCUCUGGCGCAGACGCCAACGCGACGAAAGAGACGACCUCAGCGAAAAGCGCGCGUCCAGCAUUCUGGCGUCGUCGCCGCUGCCGCCCCCAGCAGGCUCGCGAGGCGCGGCAGCAGGCAUCGGAGCCAACGCGUUCGGAUUCAUGUCCGAGGACGACAGACUGGACAUGCCGGGCACGUCGAGACGGUUUAGCGACGGGUCGUUGCCGGACGCUGCCGCCGGAGCCGCGGCGCCGCCCAAGAGCGCGCGCCAGGGAGGAUUGCGGGUGGUAAACCCAGACCUCAGCGACGAAGAAUAA